GGCAGCCCGUCUGUGUCAGUGAGGGAUGGAGGCCAUGGCGGCCAGCACGUCCCUGCCUGACCCUGGCGACUUUGACCGAAACGUGCCUCGGAUCUGUGGGGUGUGUGGUGACAGAGCCACUGGCUUCCACUUCAAUGCUAUGACCUGUGAAGGCUGCAAAGGCUUCUUCAGGCGGAGCAUGAAGCGCAAGGCUUUGUUCACGUGUCCAUUCAACGGAGAUUGCCGCAUCACCAAGGACAACCGGCGCCACUGCCAGGCCUGUCGGCUCAAGCGCUGUGUGGACAUCGGCAUGAUGAAGGAGUUCAUCCUGACAGACGAGGAGGUACAGCGGAAGCGGGAGAUGAUCCUGAAGCGGAAGGAAGAGGAGGCCUUGAAGGACAGCCUGAGGCCCAAGCUGUCGGAGGAGCAGCAGCACAUCAUCUCCAUCCUGCUGGAGGCCCACCACAAGACCUACGACCCCACCUACUCCGACUUCACCCACUUCCGGCCUCCAGUUCGUAAUCCUGAGGGUUCAGGGAACCAUCUCUUUGGGUCCUGCUCCAGACACACACCCAGCUUCUCAGGGGACUCAUCCUCCUCCUGCUCAGACCACUUCCCUACUUCUGCAGACAUGAUGGAGCCUACCAGUUUCUCCAACCUGGAUCUGAGUGAAGAAGACCCAGAUGACCCUUCAGUCACCCUGGACCUGUCCCAGCUCUCCAUGCUGCCCCAUCUGGCUGACCUGGUCAGUUACAGCAUCCAGAAGGUCAUAGGCUUUGCCAAGAUGAUCCCAGGGUUCAGAGACCUCACCUCUGAAGACCAGAUUGUGCUGUUGAAGUCAAGUGCCAUUGAAGUGAUCAUGUUGCGUUCCAAUGAAUCUUUCACCAUGGAUGAUAUGUCAUGGACCUGUGGCAGCCAGGAUUACAAGUAUGAUAUCACUGAUGUGACCAAAGCUGGACACAGUUUGGAGCUGAUUGAGCCCCUCAUCAAGUUCCAAGUGGGACUGAAGAAGUUGAACUUGCAUGAAGAGGAACAUGUUCUACUUAUGGCCAUCUGCAUUGUCUCCCCAGACCGUCCAGGGGUGCAGGACGCUGCGCUCGUCGAAGCCAUCCAGGACCGGCUAUCCAACACGCUGCAGACCUACAUCCGCUGUCGCCACCCACCCCCAGGCAGCCACCAGCUCUACGCUAAGAUGAUCCAGAAGCUGGCUGACCUGCGAAGCCUCAACGAAGAACACUCCAAGCAGUACCGCUGCCUCUCCUUCCAGCCUGAGAGCAGCAUGAAGCUCACACCCCUUGUCCUCGAGGUGUUUGGCAAUGAGAUCUCCUGACUAGAGUAGCCUGUGACGGUGCCCGGGCAAGGCUGCUCCUCUGGAGCUGUGUGCCCGGGCCUGAGGCUGGCUGCUGCCCAACAGUCCUUCUCACCCACUCAGGAGUUGAGUUCCAUCCUCUCUCCUGCCCCAUCUAAUGCCAGAGUCCCCUUUCCUGAUAGACCACAGUCCUUCCCCAGUCCCUCAAGACCUCAGUCACGAGGAGUUGCUGUGUGU